GGAGGCGGUGGCUACGGCAGCCGGAAAGGGCCGUAGUUGUCACCUUGGCCAUGGCGGCCGAGCCGCCCCCGCCGCUGGAGCCGUGCCCGCUGCCCGUGUUCCCUGAGGAGGGAUUCACUGAGAAGUUCCUGCGCAAGACCCGCGAGAACCCCCUGGUGCCCCUCGGCUGCCUGUGCACCGUCAGUAUCCUGGCCUACGGGAUAAUCUGCUUCAAGAAAGGCAACACUCGGCGCUCCCAGCUGAUGAUGCGGGCGCGUGUCAUAGCCCAGGGCUUCACCUUAGCCGCCAUGCUGGGGGGCAUGUUAGCCACGGCUGUCAAAUCCCGACAGUGACGUCAACCAGGAGUGAAACCGCGGCCGCAGGCAAGCCACCAGCAGCCCCAGCUGGCGGGAUGGAUCCUGGCAGAUGGAGUUUUCUGAGAGACUGUUGUGAUGUCUCGGUGAAGCCAGUUCUGGAGCACUGGAAAUGGGGUGAAUACACUCUCUAAUUAACUUGUAAUUUGGGCUGUGUCUUUUUUGUUGUUGCUGUUGUUUGUUUCCCCACGAGCUUACCCUCCUGCAGCACUGAGGCUGCAUGUCACUAAGGCUCACCAUCGCUGUCAGAUUUCUUGUUCCUGCUUGAUGCUGUCAUAGGCUGAUAAAACCAUGUCUUCUUGUU